CUCUCUUGCUUCUACUGUCGCUCACAUCCAACCUACCUUCCGACUCUCCUCGUCGUCGUCGUCGUCGUCGUCGUCGCCGCCAUCAUGUCGCUGGCCGUCCGAGCCGACGCCUUGACUGCCAUUCCCAACCCAUACGUCUUCCCUCCCUCCAGCAGAUUCGAAGGCGUCGACGGCUCCUGGUCAACCUUCACCAUCAACGUCGGCGAUGAUGGCCACGGCAACACCGGCCAAAACUUCCACAUCUUCCCCUCCACCUCGGCCACCGCCACCUACAUACCCGGUGCGACAAACAACUUCUGCGGCAACCAGUCCGAUCCCGACGCCUGCUGGGAGUCGCGUGGCAUCCAGGUCUACAGAGGCUCGCAACAGAAUGGCUUCAACACCCAGGCCGCCUCCGCCUGGAACCAGCUGGGCUCCUACAAUCUCGGCCUCGACACUACCACCUUUGGCUAUGGCGACAACGACUCGGCCAUCUGGGGCACCGACAAUGUUGGCAUAGGCGAUGCCUCCACCGACAGUCAGACCCUGCCCGCCCAGCCCGUCGCCCUCUUCUACAAUGCCACCUACUGGCUCGGCCUGUUUGGCCUGUCCACCGUCCCCACAAACAUUGACGGCUCCGCAUAUCCCACCUUUAUCGACAGCCUUUUCAAGUCUCUCGACGACAAGAACCAGUCCCUCAUCCCCAGCAUGUCCUACGGCUAUGCCGCCGGCGCUUCUUAUGCGAAUGCGCGCAAAGGCCAGGUCGGCAGUCUGAUAUUCGGCGGCUACGAUGCCUCCUUGUUCGACACCUCGCGCACCGUCCAGAUCAGCUUUCCGGGCGGCGUCGGCGGCGAGGAUGUCUCCCUGUCCGCCGCAGUCACCUCCGUCGUCACGGAUGAUGGCAACACCGUCCGCACACUCGACAACAGCAGGUUCUCCAUCCUCAUCGACUCCACCCUACCCUACCUCUGGCUGCCCGGCAACAUCUGCGACCAGCUCGAGGAUAUAUACGACAUCACCGAGGGCCCGAACGGGCUGUACAAUGUCUCCACCGCCCACUACCAACAGCACUUUGCCACAAACAUCACCUUCUCCAUCGCAAACAACGUCAACUCGAUGGAAAAGGUCGACAUCGUCCUCCCCUACGCCGCCCUCUACCACACGGCCAAGUACCCCGUCGUGCGCUCCGACACGCAGUAUCUCGCAUUCAGACGCUCGCCAAACAACAACUACGUCCUCGGCCGUGCAUUCCUACAGCACGCCUAUCUGGUCGUCGACUACGAGCGAAGGUACUGGUCCGUCGCCCCCACCAUCAUCGCCGACCCGCUGCCCAGCCCAAACAUCACCCGCAUCCUCUCCCCCGCCAUCCAGACCCCGGAGCCAACCCCAAUCGCAAAGGACAAGCUCAGCGGCGGCGCCAUCGCCGGCAUCGUCGUCGCCACCCUCGCCUUCGCCCUCGUCCUCGCCCUCGCCAUCUUCUACUUCCGCAAGGCCCAGCAGAAGAAGCAGAAGCUGCUCGCCCAGCAGCAGCCCCUGCCCCCGGAAAAGGACAUUUACGAGCACCCGGGCUCGCCCGCCCCGGCCUACGGCUCCGCCUCCAUCGCCAACAGCACCAACAAGAACCGCCACACCUACGACUCCCAGCUCAGCCAGGAAAUGCCCGACUCGUCGCGCUCUGCCUCGGCACAAGGCUUCUACGGCGGUCACCACCGCCACUCCGAGUCCGGCUCCAACAUCACCGAGCUCGUCGGCUCCCCCGCGCCGGGCUACUCCGACGCCAAAUCCCCCGGCGGGCCUGGAGGAUCAGCAGCAACAGCAGCAGACUCCUACUUCAAACACGGCCCCGGCGUCGUCGACCCCGCCCCGCUCGCCGAGCUCCCCGGCGACCACGGCAUCUCCGAAGCCCCUCUACGCAGACCCCGUGGCGCAAGAAAGCGCAGCGCAGGCAGUAACGGGAAAGUCCAGAGUCCCGACGCCGACCGUCCGCUGCCCAUUCACGAGGUCGAGGAGGGCGAUCACGCGUCGCCGCCGCCGGCAGCGGGGCCUGACGGGUUACUUGCCGAGCCGCGGCCGGGAGAGGACAAUCAUGAUGCGCAGUCGUCGGAUGAGUCGGACGCGUCAAAGGGCUCGUCUGAGGACUCGCGUGUCGCGGUCGGGAGUGCUGAUGCCGAGCGUGAUUCGGCGGAUGGUAUUUCCCCUGCGCCGCCGCCGCCGACGACGACAGCACAUACGGAUCCGGGCAGCGACGCGGUGGCGAAAGAGAUGAAUCCCUGAGAUCUGAACGUCCAUCUACACGCAAAUUACAUGAAGUCAGACAAAAUCACAUAUAUCUGCACCAUCUCGACGAGUCUAUUAUUCACCAUCCAUCCCGGUCACGUUCACGUUCUUGUUCAUGUUGAUGUUUUCGUCCAUGUACCUUUUCCCCCCUUUUUUUACACCCUUUUAUUUUCAGCAACAGUUUUUGUUUCCGUGCUGCUUUCACACUCC